AUACAGAAUUUAUUAACUUUAUUACAUUAAUUCUACUUUUGGAUUUUGGUUAUCUCUUGCAUCACGUGUUAACUCCAUUCUUUCAAAUUUGACUGUAUCCGGGAAUUCACUUGUGUUCUCAUUGUCGCCUAAUCUCUUGUGUAUUCAAAUUGUUGACACCUGCUUUUUAACGUGUUCUUAAUGUUUGGCAUAAACCUUAGUAAGAUGUCACUAUAGUCGUUGAUUGGAUGCCUCUUUCUUGUUUUCUUUUGUCGUCUUGCUAGUGGGUUGGGGAUUAAGGGCGAGAAAAGUCGACCUUUCAAUUUGGGUACCAUAUGUUGAUCAAAUAUGAUCCGGUAAAUCCUAAAUUUUGGAUUGCGCUUUGUUAAUGCUAUGAGUAGGAUUAUGUCUGUAUAAAGAAGUAAUCAAAGAUUUUCCAAUAUGGGCUUAUUUGAAUUCUGUCCUUAGUUAGAAAAAAACCAAUUGUAUUUGCGAACCAAAUAAGCUGCAUUUAUUACUUUCCCAGUGUGUAAUCUAGUCUGGAUUGUAUUAUAUAACCCCUCUAAAGACUAUAUCUCUUCUCCUCGGUAAUAUCGGCUCGAAUCAAAAAUAUCAAACAACAAAAGAAAAUGGGAGUCGAUAGCCCAUUUCUGCUUGCCCUUGCGGCCUCUUCGUUGCUUCCUAGAAAGGAAAAAGAUGAAGCUAAUGAAAAAAAGCGUGAAGCACAUUGGGAUAUGUUGUUUAUCAGGCGAGGACAGGAUAUUGGAGAAGAAAUUCUGACUUAUUUUCGGAACAGAAGUAGAUCCAAAAAUUCCAAUGGCCACUCACGGAUUGGCUGGAUCAUGUCAGCAAAUGGUCUAGUUUUCCACCCAAUAUUGGAAAAUUCAUCAACUACUGCUGAGGGUUUAUAUGAUAUGAUACGUCUUGGGGGAAGGUAUACUAUUUCUGAAGAUGGGGAGGUGCAGCAGUGUGGACCUCUGACUAUAUAUUGUGCUGGUCCAAGUCAUGUUGUUUAUGGAGGUCAAGUUAUUGGCCGUCUGGUUGCAGCAGAGGCUGUCAAGGUUGUGGUUGGUAGCGCUCCAUAUAAUCCAAGUGAAGAUGAGUAAAAAUUUGAAGGGUUGGAAGCACGUUUACUGUUGUUUCGCCUGUUCUUUGGUUGUACUUUGAACAAAAGAUAUGGAUUUGUUACCUUUCAUGGUAAUUGACUGAUUUCUGUUGAUAUUCCUCAGGAUAGUGCAACAGUUAUAUUAUGGAAAACCUUUUGUUGUUUGAGUA